AUGCAGGCUGGGUUUCAAUAUGACAAUUCAACGACUUCAGAAUAUAACUCAGUUAAACUUGAGAGAGGGCUAGCUGUCGAUAGCGAAGAGGUUUUUGAUACACUUGGGCAAUCAAAAUUUGUUCUAAAGAACCUUCGGCAUUACACAGUCCAUCCAAAUUUGGCUCAGCACUAUGAACCUUUGAAGCCCACAGCACUACAGAAACUUCUGGCUCAAAACAGGAAAAUGACAAGCUUCAUGUUAAAAGUAACAGAGUAUGAUCAGGAUAAGACCUUACUGAUUAUGACCAACAACCCACCUCCCUGUUCAAUCAGCCAGCAAGAAUAUAACAAUGCACCGGGAUACUUUUCCAAGGAAUUUCUGCUCAAGGAAAGUCAUCAACAGCACAAACCCACUGAGAACUUCCGGCUGCCCCUGAUGCCUCAGGAAAAAAAGUUAAGAUCUGGGUUGAAACGAAUCUUCCCUCUGACACUGUUGGACCGUUCUACAUCCAAAGGAAAACAAUGGUUUAGGUUUUCCACUGACAAUGAUUUCAAGAGUGAAGGGAAGUAUUCAAAUCUCUGUGCAUUGAAGAAACAGAAAAAACUGUACCCUCAGCUCGACUUUGCUACAUACUCUGAAAGAGAUAUGAGGAAAGAUGCUUCCAAGAUGUCAGUGAGUGAAAUACCGAUUUCCAAGGUGAUUUGGGAACCACUAACCCUUUCAUCGCUCCUCAAAGAGAAGCCCACCAGAGUCGCGCCAGGGGAAAGCGCCUUCCGCAAUGGAAGGGCCCAGCAGUGGUUUAUCAAAAAUUCCACUGUCACUAAGUGA